UCGUCGGUUUGGAAAAUGUCUAAACAAAACUCCAAAAGCCACAAGGCUAUGGAUGAUAACGAGUGGUUCUCUAGACUGAGGUCUUUUGCUUCCACUGGUGUCUGGCCAUCAGAUGCAGGUAACCGACCUGCCCCAAGACAACAGAAGUGGUACACUCUGUAUCAGAAGAUAGAGAAGUGCCCACUACUGCUGAGAGGCCAGCGGACACUUUUCUCCCAGCCACAAGGGUGUUUGUGUGGGUUUCAUCUUCCUAAGGUGCCUACAGCCUCAUCUAGACCUACAAGCAGUGCAGCCCAAUCAACUAACAGUCAAAGUAGUUCCAUAAUGCUCCAGACUGCUACUCCAGUCAAAUACCCCACAGGUUACAGCACACCUGGAACUCUGGCAAAAAGGCCAAAACUCACCCUUUCUUCAUUUGAAAGGUCCAGAUUUGGUGGCAGGCAUGUGGAGAAUGCAAAGCCAAAUAUAAAUGUUGCACGAAAAACUCAUACGAAUGCAACACGUGCUUGUACAAGUACAGCAGCCCAUUCUUGUGCGGAUCCAGUGCCAGCAGGUGGUUCGCUUCACAACAUCUCUCCACCACAGCCUCAAAGUGCAGAGACCUUUUUUCUUGCUCCUCCAUUACCGGCUCCCAAACGACAACGGCCAGUGGAAGAGCAGAGUUCAGGAAACCCAUUCCAGCCUGAGAACACUGCUGGGCUCCCACUUCUGUGGCCUAAGACCAUGCCAGAGGAGGAUCACCAGUGGGUUUCAACAGCCUUGUUUAGAGUUUGUGCCAAAGGGAAACUGGAACUCCAGGACCAUCUCCAGCUGUGGUAUUUUCCCCCUCAGCCGUCUCUCAUUUACCACCAGGCCCCAACAUCGGCCAGGUUUUUUGCCCAUCCCUUACUGCUGUGGAUGCCAUACAGGCUGUGGAAGGUUCGGCUCCUUUGCACUGACCAAGCCUGUAAGCACCCUCUGAGCAGUGGAGGUCUUCACAGGCGGGUGCGGCAGGUGCUUGAUAUUGACCGCUUUUACAACCUGGUCACAGAGACAUUGAUAUGCUCAAAGUGCCGCCGGAGCUACCUGUCUUGGAAUAGGGAAAUUCUUGAGCAGCUGGACAUGGCCCAUCGCUCUGAGUUCAGAGUCAUUCUUACCCGCCGGGUGAUACGCCUCUUACGGGAACGAGGUCUGGGGAAUGGACCAGUCCGACUUAUUGGCCAGCUGAAAGAGAACCACAGUGAGGAGUGGAUGAAAAGGGUGGCGCGUUAUACCAAAGAGUGUGCUGCCUUUAUCAGCAAAAGUUGCCUGUUGCCACCAACCUUUGAAGAGCCCCCUAAACCUGUGGCACUGCCUACCUAUAAGUGGCUUUCAGUGGUGUACAGCCAAGAUAUACUUUACAGGCUGGAGGAUAUCAAGGCUAAUCACCAAGAAGCUCUCAGGACCGGCAAAAGGCACGGCACAGUGGCUCACUUCAGUUGGCAAUGA